AUAGGGAAAAAAAAAAAAAAAAGAAAAGAAAAAAAAAAUCGAGGCGAAUCUCCGAUCACAGCCCGCCUUUGAUUAAAACAACCAUGUUUGGAGUUUAAAUGAACAGAUAACCUUGUUUUUUUUAGCCUUCCGCGCUAUGACUGGUACGUAACACUUAACCGAUCGAAGCUCAGCACCGCCGCCCCAGAACAGCCAGUGAAGCAGCAGGAAAUGGCUGCCUUGGACGCGGACGGCGGUCAGAGCGACUUUCUGCAGCCUGCCGCAGAAGCCGCCGCCGCCUCGGACACGACGACAGACCUCGCGUCCAUCCAGCCUGACCGCUGGGAGGUGCUCACCCCUGUUUCCACGGGUAAAGAGGACUCUGGUGUAGUACACUUACCCGGUGGGGGGAUUGUGGGCACUAAUGGGCAGUUUGUAGUGCCACUGCAGACAGUAUCAGGGCAGAGCCAGCCUGUUUUUGUCACUGCCGGGACAGACGGUGUCAGUGCCAACGGCAUCCAGUACCAGGUCAUCCCGCAGCUCCAGAGCACAGAUGCGUCUUCACUAGGUUACACUACAUCCACAGCUGAUGGUGCCACGCUGGGUACGGACAUCGCCAUACUGCCUGACGGAACACAAGGCAUCCAUGCUGCAACUAAUGCCAACGAUUUGCAUGGUUUGCUGACGCAGACCGGACACGUGCAGCAGAUCCAAAGCGUCUCAUUGGCAGGAAGUGGGUUUGCAGGUCAGGGCCAAGUGGUGGCUAACAUGCCAGUCGGAUUGCCUGGGAACAUCACGUUUGUGCCGCUUAACAGCCUGAGCAACGCUGACUUGGAAUCUCUGGGCCUGGCUGGAGCUCAAACCAUCGCUACAGGCAUUACAGCUGAGGGUCAGCUCAUUAUGACUAGUGACAGCACGGUCCAAAGCACCUUGGAUAAAACCAACAACGGCAACAACACAUUCGUUCCACCAACAUCGACCUCAGCUUCCAUCACCACAUCGCUGCCUGAGACGAUAGACGGCACAGGGGUUCUGACCCAAGCUACUGCUGUUUCGGCUGGCCAGCAAGAUCCGUCCUUCGUCCAGCAGAACCACGUGCCUACCUCCAUGCCUGCUAGUGUGCCUGCAAACACAGAGCCAGUGGUGCAGCUGGUGCCUGCGCAGACGUCAGAAGGUGCGGCGCAGACGCUACAAAGCGUUCAGCUGCUCAACGCCGGCACUUUCCUAAUCCAGGCGCAGACGGUCUCCCCUACGGGCCAGAUCCAGUGGCAGACUUUCCAGGUGCAGGGUGUGCAGAACCUACAAAACCUGCAGAUACAUGGUGCUGGUGGAAUGGCAUCGCCACAGAUCACUAUCGCCCCUGUGCAGACUCUGUCUCUCGGGCAGCAUGGAACAAAUCUGCCUGCUGGACACAUCCCUAACCUGCAGACAGUCACGGUCAACUCCAUCUCGCAGGCAGAGCAUACAAUGGAGAGUACACACACAGACAUUCAUAUCAAGGAGGAACCGGACUCGGACGAUUGGCCGCUAACCGGAGACUCCACCCUGAACACCAGCGACUUGUCGCACCUCCGUGUACGAAUGCUAGACGAGGAGUCUGAGGGGAUGGGACAGGAGGGGAAGAGGCUCAGAAGAGUUGCUUGUACUUGCCCUAAUUGCAAGGAGGCAGGGGGGAGAGGCUCAGGCAUGGGCAAGAAAAAGCAGCACAUUUGCCACAUCCCCGGCUGUGGGAAGGUGUACGGUAAAACGUCUCACCUGCGUGCUCACCUGCGCUGGCACUCGGGUGAGAGGCCCUUCAUCUGCUCCUGGAGUUAUUGCGGAAAGAGAUUCACACGCAGCGAUGAGCUUCAGCGCCACCGCAGGACACAUACAGGAGAGAAGAAGUUUGUGUGUCCACAGUGCUCAAAGCGCUUCAUGCGCAGUGACCAUUUGGCCAAACAUAUUAAAACUCAUCUAAACAAAAAAGGGCUAAACUCGGCCCCCGGAGCAGGGCAGUCCGAGGCCAUCGCCCCUCAGGACAGCAUCAUCACCGGGGGCGGAGCUACACUCAUUCUGACCAACCUGCCUCAGGGUGGCACUCAAGACCACCUCUCAAACUCUGACCUCCCGCUUCAGCUGGUCACUGUGUCUGCCAAUGAGGUCAUGGAGUGACCAGAAAGAAAGAAAAAAACCCCACACACUUUCACAGCUGGCUUUUCAUGAUCAAUUUUUAUAUAUAUGAUAAAUAUAAAUAUAUAUAUAUGAAUAUAUAUUUUAAAAAAUGAAUUAUUGAUUUAUGCUCUGUAGCAGUCUUUUUUUGUACAAACGGGACGGGACGGGACGGGA